CGAAUAUUUCAUUUAUACGCACGGACACGAGAGAUCCGAUCUGAACAGCCAAACACUUCCAAAUUAUUGCACAAAAUUAUAAGUGACCGUCCCGCGCGCCCACUUGGGGUCCUCGAUCGUUCGGCGGUGCCCAGGAAAACCGGAAAAGUGUACGUGAAUCGCGGAGUUUUCCCAAUGAAGCGCUGAAAUCGGAACAACCGUCCGACAGCAACAACAACGCAACAGAAAAGAACGGAUAAAGAAAACAUACAGCAAAAUGCUAGAACCGCCGAAAUUCGUUGACAAUGACUGCUACAACGGCAGCCGGUCCUUCACCUGGCUGGCGGAUAUGGUGGGGCUCUCGGUGGACUUGGUAAACUUCCUAAUCUGCCAAAUAUCGGCUCUCUUCCUGGCCUCGCUCUUCCGGUCCAUGCUGCAUCCAUCGAAGGUGUCCAGCAAGCUGCGGCACACGUUCGCCCUCUCGAUUGGCCUGGCCUUUGGCUACUUUUGCUUUGGCCAACAGGCCAUUCACAUUGCCGGAUUGCCGGCAAUAUGUUACAUCGUCAUCCGUACCCAGGAUCCGCGCAUCGUCCAAAGAGCCGUUCUGCUGGUGGCCAUGAGCUAUCUCCUGUGCGUGCACCUGAUGCGCCAACUCUACGACUAUGGAUCCUAUGCCCUGGACAUAACCGGGCCCCUAAUGAUCAUCACCCAGAAGGUGACCAGUCUGGCCUUCAGCAUUCACGAUGGCUUUGUGCGGCGGGAUGAGGAACUGACCAAGGCCCAGCAGUACCAUGCCAUUCGAAAAAUGCCCUCGGCCCUGGAGUACUUCUCAUACGUGUGGCACUUCCAGAGCAUUCUGGCCGGUCCACUGGUCUUCUACAAGGACUACAUUGAGUUCGUGGAGGGCUACAAUCUACUGAGCAGUCCACCAGGCAACGGUAAUCUGGAGAACAGCAAGAGAGAAGUGGUGUUGGAGCCUUCACCUACUAAAGCGGUGAUACGCAAAGUGAUCGGCAGUCUGGUGUGCGCCUUCAUAUUCAUGAAGUUUGUGAAAAUAUAUCCAGUGAAAGACAUGAAGGAGGACGACUUCCAGAACAACACCAGCAUGGUCUACAAGUACUGGUACGCCAUGAUGGCGACCACCUGCAUACGCUUUAAGUAUUAUCACGCCUGGCUCCUGGCGGAUGCCAUUUGCAACAACUCAGGCCUUGGCUUCACCGGCUACGACAAGGAUGGCAAUCCCAAGUGGGACCUGAUAUCCAACAUAAAUGUGCUGUCGUUUGAGUUUUCAACGAACAUGCGCGAUGCGAUCAACAACUGGAACUGCGGCACCAACCGCUGGCUGCGAACGCUUGUCUACGAGCGGGUGCCCAAGCAGUACGGAACGCUCCUCACCUUCGCCCUCAGCGCCGUCUGGCACGGCUUCUAUCCGGGCUACUACCUUACCUUCGCCACCGGGGCCGUCGUUGUGACGGCAGCGCGCACCGGCCGGCGACUCUUCCGCCAUCGCUUCCAGAGCACGCAGGUCACGCGAAUGUUCUACGACAUCCUCACCUGCCUGAUCACUCGCGUCGUACUGGGCUACGCGACAUUCCCAUUCGUUCUGCUUGAAUUUAUGGGCAGCAUCAAAUUGUACCUGAGAUUUUAUUUGUGCCUUCACAUCAUUUCACUAGUGACCAUAUUUAUUUUACCCAAGUUUAUACGCGGCGAUCGCAGUGCUCGCUCCUCGAACGGCAACGGAUCCGUGCGGCUGACGGCCGGCAAGGAUGGAUCGGUGGCCUUGACCAGUGGACUGCCGGCCACUGCAGCAGCAGCAGCCUUGACCGCCAGCAAUGAUCUCAACGAGGAUGGGGCGCAGGAUAAGCACGCUCAAUGUAAAGUCAACACGCCAACACACCGGCAGCCGUCUGCGGCUGCACUACACAACAACACAACCGAACAACAGCCAACCGAGCAACUGAACAAUGUAAACCCCCGACCACGCCCACAGCUGCAGCAGCAACAGCCGGACAAGAUGCCGAUGCCCAGGUGCGCCAGGGACGCCGUUAGCGUGCCCCAUGACCAGUGCGAGAUGGACCAGCUGUCCAGCAAGCUGAAGGAGAAGAUCGAGGCGGAGACGAAGAACAUUGAGGAGUUUAUUGAUAAGACUGUAACCGAGACCGUCAGCGGCAUUGUGGAGUUUAAGAACGAUCUGAUGCGGGACAUCGAGUUUCCCAAGCUGAAGCUGCCCGGCAGCGCUCCCUUGGAAUCCUCGGCCGGUGGCGGUCUCCGCAAACGCAACAUAUCCUCUGUCCAUGACAAUGGCACAGAUCCUGGCAAUGCUCCAGCCGACCUCCAUUCGUCGCUCGAGGAGAACGGCGCCGCCUUCCUGAAGAAGGAGAUCGAGGUGAUCAACGCGGUGGUGCAGCAGGCGGUGCCGGCCGUGCUUAGCAACGGUCAUGCAAAGUAGUGGCAUCAUCGACCAGCAAUUGUGAGGAGAGCGAACAAAGCAACGAUGACGAAGGUGCCGCGACAGGAAGUGGAGGCGGCGGGCAGGGGCAAAAAUGGGUGCUGCACAACUGAUUGAUUAAUUGAUUGACAGAUUGAUGACUAAACUAAGAGAUUUAUCCAACACGCACACGAUACUGGCACACUACAUACAUGCUUACACUUUGGUUUCGCUUCGAACGGAGUGUUUUAGUUGAUAGUCCUGAAGUACACAGAUUGUUUACACUGAAGUAAGUGUCCAAUGCGGCGGAUUAGCCAACUAAUAAAUUAGAUUCACUUUUAUAUUCAGUAUAUUCAUCGGCAGCCAAAACCUUUGUUCAAGUUAACUAAAUGUGCACCAAACUCUAAUUGUUGUUUAAAUGAAAUCUAUGUACGUUUGUAGAUGUUUGUUUGUUAAGAUCCCACGGUCCGAGGCGAACAGUGUGUUUCAAAUAGUAUCUUUAAAAAGAUGACUGGACCUGAAAUACCUUCUAACGAGUUGGAUGAACGAACACUCCAGCCGCUUUGAAACGCACUGUUUGACUUUUAAUCAAAAACUAAUCCAUAUAAGUAUAUGUAUGUAAACCUGCAUAUGUUGAAAUAUUUACCAUAUAGUCUAUGUGCAAAAAACUAAAACAAUUUUCCAACAUCAGUACUAUUGUAGUUCAAAUCCCGCCCAAAAAGGAACGAUAACGAAUCGCCAGCGUAGCGUGAAAAGUAGUAGAACCAAUGAUAUCCUCUUCAAAAAACCGCGAAAUACAAGAGUCAACCAAAUUUUAACUUUAGACUGAAGCUAUUGACAAGUACUAAGCAACAAAAAAGCAAGAAGCCAAGCAAAUCGUGCGUAGUUAAAGUUAGUUAGUAAGCCGAGAAGUUGUUUUUGAUAUUCAAUUUAAACCAAUUUUUGUACAACCACGCGAGUGUGUCUGGAUUGUCCAGUUUGCUUCCACUUUAUAUGUAUGUAUAUUCUUCCCAACCCGGCCUUUUAGCUGGUACACAUCUUUUUGUACAUGUUCGUGUCCUCCACUUGUGGCUUCCUACUCUGUAGCUCGUAAGCAUGCACUUUAUAUAUAUCCUUUUUUGUUUUACCCAUUAUUUUGUUAGUUCCAAUAAACGAUACAAUUUCGCCACAAA